AUGCGUUCCGAUAUUCUUAUGCUCGCCGGCCUGGCCAGCACUGCUCUCGCUUACCCUGCCGAAAUCGCCGUUGAGCGCCGUACCUUUGGCCUCCUGACCCAUCUCUUGGGUGAUGCCGCGUCCGAUGUCAUCGGUCUUGUUGACUCCCUCCUCGGUGGCGGUGUUCACGGUUCCGCCUCUGCCCUGGAUGGCCUGAGCGCCUACGGUGCUGCUGCUCUGGGGGGUGGUGCUAUUGGAUGCACCGCCGCUGUCGUCCCCGCCCAUGCUCGCGGGGAGCUGAAGUUAUGGCUGGCUGGCCAGACCUACAUCACAGGUUCCCUGCACGCCUCGCUGCUGUCCUGGUGUGAGGGCUCGGGCUCUGCCACCCUCAGUGCUGAUGUUGUCGCGGCUCUGUCUGUCUAUAUUCCCACUUGCGCUGAUAUUGCCGCCAAGGAGUCCAUCUAUGUUACUCUCGACGGUAUCUUCUCUGCUACCGAGCUCUCCUCCGCCCUCGUGCUGAGUGUUUCUGCUCAGUCGUCUCUUACUGCUUUCCUUGAUAUUCAUGUCGGCCUGGGUGCCCACAUCGAGGCCGGUCUCAGCGUUUGUGCUGCUGGUGGGGUCAUUGGCAGCUUGGAUGCGGAGAUUAAGGCUUCCCUGCUUGCCUGGCUGACUACAUCUGACUGCCCUCUCAGUGCUGAUCUGCAGGUCUCCGUCCUUGCCUGGUGCCAUGGCGAGCACGGUAGCGGUCUGGUUGAGAUCGGCGCGGUUGCCGACACGGCGCUGACCUCUAUCUCCGUUGGUGCUUCCAUUGCUGCUUACGUUGAGGAGGCUGGUGCGCUCUCCCUCCACGCCCAGGCUUCCCUCGCUGCUUUCCUCAACACCAAGCUCGCUGUCGAUAUCGACGCCGAUGUCCUCGUUGCCCUCCACGCUUGCGCUGCGGGCAAGCUCGCCACCAGUCUCGAUGUCAGCGCUCGUACUGCCCUCUCUAUCUGGCUGUCUGGAUCUAGCUGCUCUCUCGGCGUUGAGCUGAAGGCUAUCGUGCUGCUCUGGCUGUCCGUGGCUGCUUCCGCCGAGGUCGCCCUAGACCUUGUCGGCGGCCUCCUCGUUGAUAUCACUGGUUUCCUGACCGAGAUCGUGCUGUCUGCUCUUAGCGUCAACCUCCGUGGUGCUCUCUCCCUCCUCGCUGCUGGUGAGAGCCUGACCAUCCUGUCCUGGGAGGCCCGUGCUGAACUCGCUGCCUUCCUCGGCGGCUGCACCGACAUUGACAUUGAUGUGAGCAUUGAGCUCAUUAUCAUUGAGUGGUUCACUGGUUGCAGCAUCCCUGGUGCUCCCGCCGCGUCCUCCUCUGUGCCUAGCCUGCCAUCUUCCACUCCCGUCGGUGCGUCCGGCAUUCCUCAUGUUCCUUCUGGCGGGGUUCCUACCGGCCCCGCUGGCUCUGGCUCUGUCCCCUCCGGUGUCCCUACUGGCCCUGUCAUCCCUGGCUCUGUGCCUUCUGGCCCUGCUCCUACCGGCUCAUCUGGCUCCGGUUCUGGGUCGGGCUCAUCUGGGUCGGGCUUGGGCGCGGGCUCUGUUCCCUCCGGUAGUGUCCCUGCUGGCCCCUCUGGGUCGGGUGCUGGUGCUGCUAGCACUCCCUGCGAGACCUCGCCUGCCGGCACUCCUCUGCCUGGCUCUGGCUCUGGCUCUGGCUCUGGUUCGGGUUCCUGGACGUGGUCCACUGGUGGCGCCCCCGCUCCUACCAACCCUCCUUCGGCUUCGAGCUCUAGCUGGGCAUCGGGCACCUGGACCGAGACCGUCACCGUCUACAAGACUGUCUGUGGCUGCGACUAA